CAGUUUGCCGGCGGUGUUGCUGCCGAGAACAGGUGAGCGCGAGAGUGCCAGUUUCACACGAGAGCCCAUCAGAGCGAAGCUCGCAUUCACGCCCUACGACGACUUCGAGGGCUCUGUACACCUAUACAUUCUAUACUCGUCACGUGUUCUCUCGUCGAGGUGCUCGCGUGUGCGUGUGUAUAUAUUUCGCAGGUCUGACUCGAGAUCGACUCUCACUACUGCUGCGAGUGUGUGGGUGCGCGUGUGCGUUGACAGGAUGGACAACGAGGCGUGGAGACGGUGCUGGCCCUGUGUGCAGUGAGCUUCACUGCGACGAGCUCUUCGAGCUGUGCAGAAAAGGUGUACGUGAAGACGGUCCCUCUCAUCAUCCAGCGCUCUCGAUAUUAAACCCCGCGUCAUCCAUCGCUGAUUGCAGCCACACACACACGCCUCCGGUGCAGAAAAAAAAACCAGACGCAUACAGUAUAAUGACGAGGUGAAGAGAGAAAGAGAGAGCAGAGGAUAACCGAUCGAUCGACGGCGAGAGAAGACGAGAAAGCUAUAUAGAGCGCGGUAUGCUGUUAUCGUUGGCUCGCGGAUGCUGCUGUCGCCGCCGCCGCUGCUGUGAUGCCCUUACGAUGCCGCCGGCCUCCGCCCUGGGAGCCAAGGACCACAGAAUCGUCGAUACUCGCGCUGCUGCUGCUGCUGCUGAUGACCUGUGCUCGAUUCGACCUCGUCCACUGCGCCACCUCCCAACAGCCGCCCACCAGAUACGCUUCCAGGAUCGUCGAGACCAAGUCCGGACAGAUUCGCGGGAUUUUACAGGAACUGAACAGCCAGCAUCUGGACCCGGUGGAAGUUUUCCGGGGCAUACCAUACGCAGCGCCGCCUGUAGGGGAUCUUCGUUUUCGGACCCCACAGCCACCCCUAGGAUGGAAAGGCAUCAAACGGGCCGACGCUUACGGACAGGUCUGUCCGCAAAAGUUGCCGGACAUACGCAAUCAGACGCUCGCCUUGCAGGACAUGCCUCAGGGAAGGUACAACCAACUGGUCAAGCUCUUCAAGUUCGUCGGCAAUCAGAGCGAAGACUGCUUGUUUCUCAAUCUCUAUAUACCCGGAAGCGGUGCGCGAGGACUGGAGGCGCCUUACGCCGUGAUAGUCUACGUCCACGGUGAGAGCUUCGAGUGGGGCACCGGCAACAUUUACGACGGCUCUGUACUGGCCAGCGCCGGCCACGUCAUAGUGAUUACCCUAAACUACCGCCUCGGGAUCCUAGGUUUCCUGCGAACGAAGCCGAUAACCGAGUCGACGGACUCGGUGAUGAGCGGCAACCUGGCACUGCACGACAUCGCUCUGGCACUUACUUGGGUCAGGGAGAAUAUCGGCGCGUUCGGUGGUGAUCCGACGCGAGUCACCCUCAUGGGCCACGACACUGGCGCUGCCCUCGUCAACUACAUACUGCUCGCGCCCUUCGCCAAAGGUCUUUUCCACAACAUAGUGCUGCUGAGCGGCUCCGCACUGAGUCCAUGGGCUUCGAUACACGAUCCAAACGAUCUGCGGGUUCAGGUCGCCAAACAGCUCGACUGCCGACACGAGAACGACGAGGAUAUCGCCGAGUGCCUCAGGGCUGUCUCCCUCGAAGCUCUGCUCGGCGUCGAGCUUAACGAAAUCAAAUUCAUGCCGAGCAUCGGUCCGAGUGUGCCGGUGGACGGUAGUCAUCCGGAUCCGGGUCUGGACAUGGAACGGCUGAGCGACGCGUUCAUCAAGGUCCCUUUGAUCCUCGGUGUCUCGACCGCCGAGUCCUAUCUCGACUUCAACGCUAACGACAUCCAGUACGGCUUCGAAGAGGACCAGCGUAAUCGCGUACUGCGGACCUUCAUACGCAACGCUUACGUCUACCAUUUGAACGAGAUAUUCAGCGCGGUGAGAAACGAGUACACCGACUGGGACAAGCCCGUACUGCAUCCCAUCAACAUACGCGAGUCGACUAUGGAGGCACUUAGCGACGGUCACACGGUUGCUCCACUCAUGAGGAUAGCCUUUUAUCACGCCAGACGAGGCGCCAGCACGUACUUCUUUCAUUUCAAUUACCAGACCAAGGACAGCGAUUAUCCCCAGAGACUGGGCAGCGUCCGAGGCGAAGCCAUCCCCUACAUAUUCGGUCUGCCGCUGAUCUCCGGCGGUCGAUUCUUUCCCCAGAACUACUCCCGAGCCGAUCAGGGCGUAGCCGAAGCUGUCCUUACGUUCUUCACCAACUUCGCCAAGACUGGCAAUCCGAACGAGCCGCACAACAUCGAAUCCGUGGACUACGGCACCAUCAAGGAGAAGACUCGCUAUCGAGGACUCACCUGGGAGAAAUACGAGACCGGGACCCAGCAGUAUCUCACCAUUGCUCUGAAGCCGAAGAUGAAGAAUCAUUAUCGGGGGCAUAAAAUGGCCGUGUGGCUGAACCUCAUUCCUCAACUUCAUCAGCCUGGCGAUGACGUUUCCAUGAGGCAUCACCAUUUCCGAGAGAAAGGCGAUCUUUUUUACGCGGGGCCAGUUCGCGACGAGUGGUACACCCCGCUGCCACUGCCAGGAACGACCCGGACAAGCUCCUCGUCGACGACGGCUUGCGCGACGACGAGCAACGCCGACGAGGAGUCGGCCCUCGCGGCGGCCGGUACUCAGAACAUCAACGCCAUCAUCGACGAGAGCAAGGACGACGCUGAGCUUCUCCAGCGACUGGCUUCCCGGCAUUACUACAGCACGACCACAGCCCUGGCCAUAACCGUAGGGGUCGGCUGCAUCCUCCUCGUCCUCAACAUGCUCAUAUUCGCCGGGAUUUACUAUCAGCGCGAUCGGGACAAGAAGAGAGCUGCCAUGGCCUGUGCGUCGAACAAUGGACAGGAGAGUUUGGCCAUGAGCAGCAGAUCGCCCACUAAACCGCAGGAGAACAAUCCGAGAUCCUCGCAGGAACCUCCGCCCAGCUACACGACACUGCCCAAGAGUCCGUCGUCUAUUCAGGAUCACAUGCAAGACUCCUGCCUGCAGGACCAGCUGGAUCGCAACCGCUUGAAGACGGCGACGUUAACCCGGAGCGGCAGCGGCCAAAAAGAUCACCCAAUGCCACCUCGACCUCCUCAGAGGACCUCGAGCUCGCUAAGCACAGUCGCCGGAAGCACGAGCGGAAGUGUCAAGAAACGCGUUCAAAUCCAAGAGAUCACUGUAUAGCAUUAGUGGUCGCCCCCUGAGGGCACCGUCGCGCGCGCGAAACGCGUUACCUUCGUCAAUUCUCAGGACGCGAUCGUCGAGUCGCAGUUCUGAAGUAUUAUAUACUACUAUACACACGCUUAUAAGUAUAUACGAAGGUACGACACACGCGAACCCAGCGCUAUUUUCGUAAGCACGACGGCGGACAACAUUUUUGUUUUCUGCGCGAAGGAUUGCGACUGUGGCUUCCGGAUGAUGAUGAUGGUUGGGCGCAACGUUUGUUUUCGAGGUGUAUACAAUUACAUACUCUACAUUGUCUGACAUGUAUAUUUGAUGCGUUAGGAUUUACCACGUUUUGAUGAAUCACAUCAUGUCUACUACGAAAUUACACAUGACGAGCGAGUGCGUAGGAUAUGUUCUCGAAUUGCCGACACACGAUAUCUGCGCACGUUAUACGGCGCAACCAGGGAUAUAUUGCAGUUUAUGAUUAAUCUCGCGAGAAGCGAUGGCUAUGAAGCUCAACGUUAAUAAAAGAAAAGGACAUUCAAUUUUGAUGAUUCUGAAGUAGCGAACGAACGAACGAGGAACAUAUUUAUUGUGUAUAAACAAAGUAUUAAUUGUAAGUGCCGAGACAUACCGAUUAUGCGGGCUUUUCAAUCGGAUAUAUAUGUAUAUGAAAUAUAAGUAUACCGCCGCUUGUAAAAUUGCAUUUUAACGAGUUUCGUUUUACGUUUGAUAGAUGAAUUUAUGAAUUUUAGUAACACUGUUAUUUAAUACCCUAGUCUGUAAAAUAUUUAAAGCGUUGAUUAAUUGUAUUUAUUAGAGUUGAUAAAAUAUUUGAAAUAGACGAAGGAAAUAUAUAAAUGACAAAUCAGUUCCAAUCGAGAGAAGCACACCGGAUAAAUUUGUACAUUUCUCAUAGAGACACUUUUGCGUGUUGAUAUAAGAGGCCACGCGUUAUAAAUAUUAGCUACUCCAUUUUUCUACUCAUGAAUGAAUUUUUAUUCUUUUGAAUCAACGAAGAUCUUAAAAAAAAAAACAUGCUUUAUCUUCGAGUUACACACGAAACUUGCGCGCGAUGUCCUUCGAGCUGUACAUUGCUAAUUAAUCUAGUAAGCAUCAUCACGUUAAUACCAAGCGAAAAUCACGUUAACCUUUGCCGUGUGAUAAAAAUAAAAUACUACGACAAUUUUUAAACGAAAUAACAAAAUAACAUUAAGAACGAAAUUUUUCGUCAGCUCGAUCACGCGCAUCGAACGUUUCUCAUUAAAUUGUAAGGUAGUUUCUUUUCAAAAGUAUGACACACACACACACACGUAUAUAAAUAUAUAAAUAAAAGUGUUGCGAAACGAAAACACUUAUUUUAAAAAUUUCUUUUGAGAAAAGACCAACCAAAGAGACUUGCACUUUUCAUAGUUAAUGUAUGCCUAAUUCAUUAUACUAGGACUAUAGUGCGUAACGAAAAUCGUGAAAGAUGUCAAAAGCGGUUAGUAAGAGAAAUCACGGAGAACUACUAAAAGUAAACUGUUCGUUGCCGGUGCUUGAUUGAACAAUUGUAAAAGGCGGAGAUGAAGCGUUCCAUCUUCAACCUUGUUAGUUAUCUAGUCUCAUCCAUUUGUAUAUUUCAUUGUGAAACAAUAAAAAGCGAUUUAUAAGUAA